AUGGCGAACACUGAAGCAUCCCCUCGAGACACAGAUUUUGGUGACUUUGUGAAGGAUGAAGAAGAGGAACUCGACCUCGAAGAACUUGUUGAGCCAUGGCAUAGUGCUCAACGAGAGGUACCUGAUGAACAUAAACUUGGCUUUGGUGGUGGCUCAACUGUCUGGAUCGCAUUUGAUAUGCAAGAUAAAAGAGACGUGGCCCUCAAAGUCAUGACCCUAGGGAAAUGGGGCGACAACGAAAUUCGAAUCCAGGAUGAGAUUAUCAAAACGGUACCGGACACUUCUCGUCUGGUUAUAUAUACUACAACUUUCUUUCUACCCCGAGACGAUAAAAGCUACCAUAGAGUCUUGGUAUUCCCUGUAAAAGGGCCAUCUAUCUGCACUCUUACCUUAAAAAAGACUGCUAUAGCUUCUCGUAUGUCUACUGCUCGACAAUUACUGGAGACUGUGGCAAGUUUACAUGAAGCUGGAAUUAUACAUCGCGAUUUGAACGCAAGGAACUGUAUGUGGGGAAUGGCUCAGUCUAUCGAUGGUCUUAGCAGAAGCGCUAAGUAUGAGUUAUUCGGUCGACCUUUGAAGCAGACAAUACCAUUUGUCGAUCUCUGGAAAAAGGGCGAGCUGGUGAGCCCUGUCAAAGUUUCUCAAGACCUUUGCACAGCAGAGUUCUAUCUCUGUGAUUUUGGUUUAGCAAAGAAAAUUGGCGAUCUCACUACUCAACGCGGCUACCCACCUAUGCAGUAUUGCUCUCCAGAUCGACUUCAUAAACAAGAGCCAAGUUUUGCUUGCGAUAUGUGGAGCUAUAUGGCUAUUUUCUCUAUGCUCUACCUUCAUUUCCUCCAUUUCCCACGUUUCUCGACGGUGGAGUUGUGA